GGCCCCGCCUUCCGUGCCUCCUGGGGCGGCAGCGGGAACGCAGCAUACGUUCCUAGGUCCUGGUCAGCUCUUCCCAGACUGAGAAGCCAUGGCAGGCUGCUGUGUGCAGUAUUUACUGAUCCUCCUCCUGCUGGGAGCCUCCCAUUGGACUUUGACCCAAAGUCUACACUGCGAGGUGAGUAGAAUCCUGCGUUUAGAAGACGAUCCAAGCAGGAACUUUAACUGGACUUCAAAGCCUGACAAGGUCGAGAAGUGUGAUUAUGGAGAACUUUGCCAGGAGACUGUACUGUUGAUUAAAGGAGAAGGAACCAAGACGGCUAUUUUGGCCAGUAAGGGUUGUGCCACGCAAGAUACGGAAGCAGUGACGUUCAUCCAGUACGCCCCGCCUCCUGGCUUGAUUGCUGUGUCCUACAGUAACUACUGCAACAGCACCCUGUGCAACAACAGCAAGAACGUGUCUCUGUUCUGGAAACCCCCAGACACCACAGAGACUUCCGGUAUGUCAAGAGCCCUCCGCUGCCCGACUUGUGUGGCUCUGGGGUCCUGCCCCAGUGCCCCCUCCAUGCCCUGUCCCAACACUACAACCCAGUGCUAUCAAGGAAGACUUGAGCUCUCUGGAGGAGGAAUGGACACCAUUGUGCAUGUUAAAGGCUGCACCUCGGUGAUUGGCUGCAGACUGCUGGCUACCAUGACCUCAGUGGGACCCAUGGCGGUGAAGGAGACCUGCAGUUACUACUCCUUCCUCCAGCCCAGAAAGGCAGAAGAGAGCCGGGCCUCCUGGAUGCUCACCUCACUGUGGAUGCUGGAGCUUCUGCUGCCAGCAGUGCUGGUGGCCCUCACCAGCUUCCCCUGA